GGGCCGGGGGUGCCGCGGUUGCCAUGGUGAGGGCGUUCCUGCUGCUGGCGCUGGGCGGGCCGGGACCCCCCGGGACCCCCCGCACCCCGGGACCCCCCGGCACCGACCCCCCCUGCCGCCUGCUCUACGCCCGCACCUUCCGGAACCCCCCCGGGAACCCCCCGGAGAGCCCCGAGCGGCAGCGCCUCCGCCGCAAGGAGCAGCUCCUGGCCGUGGGCAGGCAGGUGGCUUCCCAGUGCCAGCUCCUUCAGGCAGCGUCGGGACGCUCGCCCCCUCCUCACCCCCUUCCCGAGGGGUCUCUGUCUCUCCAGGAAGCCCCCGGGGGGGUUUUCCAGCUGCCCCCCGGGGACCUUUUCCCCCAGCGCACGCGGGUGACCUGGCUCUCCUUCCUGGCUCUGGCUUUUGCCUUGAUUUGUGACCCCGAGGAAAACCUCUCCCUGGCUGAAAUCACCCUCCGCCGCCUCGCCCCCCGCCUCAUGGUCGCCCUGAGGGUCCUGGGCUCCGGGGCCGAGGUUUUGCUCCGCCCAGACGCGGCCGAUGGGCUCCUGGAUCAUCUCCUCCCCCAGGGCCAGAUGAUGUUCCUCAACCAAGGGCUCCUCCAGGCUCUGGAUCGGGAGCUGGGACGGAAAACCUCGCAGUGAGGAGGGGAGGGAGGUGUCUGGGAUGGAAUAAAGAGCCGGGAGCCGGGCAGGA